AUGCCCACCUCCCCAAAUACCGUCCCGGCAACACCUCGCGUGAUCUCCCCGACACCAUCACUUUCGGACCCAUCGGAGACACAUGAUGGAUAUUUCGCACCGACGACACGGUCCGCUGCGCGCCGACAGCGCCAAUCUGAAAAUACAGGGAAAGCAACAGGCUCAGAGCGGACGUCAAGGUCCUCCACAACUCCUUCCAGGCCCGCGCGCCGAUCAAACCCCAAGAUCCCAGCUUCGCCGCCGCACACGCCCAACGGCAAUGCUUCAAACGGCUAUUUGUCGCCACUAAGCAUCCAAGAUACGCUUCGCGAUCUCUCACGGUCGCCAUCCCCUCUCGGACUUAUCCCGCUCCAUUCGCGCUACCGCUCCUUCAUUCACCGCCAUGAAAUUCCCCGCAAACUCCUGCACGUGUCAAUCGGGUUUCUGACCUUGCAACUGUACAGGUCGGGCGUGCAGACGUUACAAAUCACCCCGGUACUCUUCUCUGCCUUGGUACCUAUCGCAGCAACGGACUUGAUCCGCCAUCGCUCUGAGAAGGUCAACAAGCUCUAUAUCCGAUGCAUGGGUGCGCUCAUGCGCGAAACUGAGGUUUCGGGCUAUAACGGCGUCAUCUGGUACCUCCUUGGAGCGUACGUUGUCCUGCGCUUCUUCCCCAAGGACGUCGGAGUUAUGGGCGUGUUACUCCUUAGUUGGUGUGACACCGCUGCUUCAACAUUCGGCCGUCUCUACGGCCGCUAUACCCCUCGUCUCCGAAAGGGUAAGAGUUUGGCUGGCACUAUGGCCGCUUGGGCUGUUGGUGUUGCCACUGCUGCCGCUUUCUGGGGUUGGUUCGUACCAUACGUCGGUACUUUCCCCAACGAUCCUGAAGAUGCCUUCAUGUUCACUGGACGGUUGAACUUGCUUCCGAACUCGGUUCGCGGUCUUCUAGGCUGGGAUGCCAGUGAUUCGGCUGUCAUCACCGGGCCUCUGGCUUUGGGUGUUAUGAGCGUCGUUUCUGGCGUUGUCGCUGCCGGCAGUGAGUUCAUCGACAUGUGGAGCUGGGAUGAUAACCUGACGAUCCCUGUCCUAAGUGGAAUUGGACUAUGGGGAUUCCUCAAGGUAUUUGGAUAG